UGGUAGAUCAGAGAGGUAGCAGAGAAAGGGGAGCAAAGAUGGCGAAAACCUCAAGCUCUCCUCUCAACCUCCUCCUCCUCUUAUCCCCCCUCUCUUUCCUUCUCUCAAUGGCUCAAUCUCCGAUUCCGGCGCACUACGAUGGCUUCCUCUACGGCGCAGUCAGCCCAUGGGAAGCAUCCGUGCUGGUCGAGGCGUUCAUGGAUCCGAUGUGCCCGGAUAGCAGAGAUGCAUGGCCUUCUCUCAAGCAAGCUUUUCAACACUACUCCCCGCUUGUGUCUCUCAUCGUCCAUCCAUUCCCUCUCCCUUACCAUGACAACUCAUAUCUUACUUGUCGUGCGCUUCAUAUUGCAAACAUGUUGAAUAUAUCGACGACAUUUCCUUUACUGGAGUUCUUCUUUGACCAUCAGAAAAAAUGGUCUAAUUCAGCAACGCAAUACAUGAGCAAACAAUCUAUAAUCAACGAUAUCACAAAGCAUGUCUCGCUGGUCAUUGGGAAUUCCUCAAUAUCUGCAUUUCAGUCUGGUUUUGCAGAUUCUCAUACUGAUAAAGCAGCAAGAGUUUCCUUCAGGUAUGGGUGUUCAAGAGGAGUUGCUGGAACUCCGUAUUUCUUCGUUAAUGGUUUCCUGCUGCCUGGUGGUGGCUCAGCUCUUGAUUACAAACAAUGGCGAAAGAUCAUCGACCCGUUGUUGACCCGUGCAGAGGGACAAAUAGAGAGUACGAUAAUUUGAAUGAAUGUUGUAGCUGUAAACAUAUACCGAAUAUCAAACUCAUCGGUAAAGUUAUAUACUGUGCCUUGUAGAUGAAUAAAAGUAUGGAUAUUUUGGUAAUUCAGCUGAUGGAGUUACUUUAAAUUAA